AUGACGGGGCUUUUGGCUUGCAGGCCGCAUACAGAGGAUACGAGAUCUCCUACCAAAAGCGCAGAUAUUCCCAUGCGACAGCCGUCCGCAGAGGAUUUGGAUGCGGCACAUCAGUUGGUAUCCUCAGCACGAGGUGGACGAGAUAAUACCAUAAACUUCCAUUCAGACAGGCAAGAAACAGCGGGCAGUGCGUUAGAUAACAUCCAAGAGGAUGCGGCUGGGAAGAUGGAUUCACAGUUACAAAAUGGACACCAAGCUCCUGUCGAACAGCGCCAGGAUCAGGCACCAGCGGAAUCUGGAGUCAAUCCAAUAGAUCGUCCAGUGCCGUCAAAGCAAUCCCCUAAACCGCAAAGUAAAGAGCCAGUUUUCACGGGGCAUUCAUGCAGUAACUGCGGUACGAAACGAACGCCAUUAUGGCGAAGGUCUCCGACUGGUGCUACGAUUUGUAACGCCUGCGGUUUGUAUCUCAAGGCGCGGAAUACUGAUCGCCCAACCCAUCGUUCCCGCUCUUUGCUUAACCCGUAUGGCUCUAAUCCUGCGCAAAACGCCGACAAGUCGCGGAGUAGCACGUCCCCCACAAACGACGGAAACGAUCCCCGGCAGGCAGAUGCGUGGUCGAACUAUGCCGUCAAAGAAUGUACUCCUUCAGGAUCAUGCCCAGGUGGAGGAAGUUGCAAUGGCACUGGCGGGGCAGAAGGGUGCGAUGGAUGUCCUGCUUACAACAACCGUGUUUACAAAUCAGCUGCUCGAAGCGCUAUGGCAUUUCAUAUUCCGAGGACUUCGCCCCAGUCAAACCAAGGCGGUGGCAGUACGGAUGGUGAAGCUGGUUCGUCGAAUCCCGAGGGGAUGACUCUGCAUAUUGCUUGCCAGAAUUGUCAAACUACAGUAACUCCGCUAUGGAGGCGCGACGAGAAUGGCCAUCCUAUUUGCAAUGCUUGCGGGCUCUAUCAUAAACUCCAUGGAUCCUAUAGACCACCAACCAUGAAAAAAUCAAUUAUCAAGAGAAGAAAACGUGUGGUUCCCGCCAUGCGCGAGCAUUCACCCACUGGUGCGACUCAAUCCUCGAAUGGCUCUGCAUCUCCUGAAGCAUCUCCCGCUACCCUUGCACACGGGCGUGAUAGCCAUCGUCAGUACCAAAACGUUGAACACGGCAACAGGCAUCCGUCACCCCAUGCCAGACCUUUAUAUCCACCUGCGUUUCAUGCCCCGCCCCCAGCCGACUUCACAGGAUAUACCUCAAAUCCCGUCUCCCUACCUCAUCAUCCUCCCCCCACUCCUCAGCAACUACGACCCUACGACAACAACGAUGCCAUAAACCCCGCUCGCCCAUCUAUGCCCGCACUACCCAAUCCGAAGAAACGCCCCAUCUCCGAAUCAUUCUUGGAAGACUCCCAACAGCAACAACAGCAACAACAACAACCCAACCAAACCCCCACUCACCUUCCCCCAAUAAACCCACAUGGCGCCCCUUCCUCCACCUCCGCAGCCAAUAACCCAGUCCGUUUCAACUCCAUCUCCUCACUCCUAAAUCACCCAGACGAAGCAGCGGCGGCCGCGGCGGCAGCAAGCCACGAUCACGAUCGUGACGAUAGCCGCCUGGACCCCGCUCUGUCAGCAGCUGUCACCUCUCGACCACAACAGCAAGAUCAUCACCAACAACAAAAACAACAACAGCCCGCCAUUCCCCGCUCCCCUUCCCGCUUCAGCCCUUCUUUAUCACCAGGAUUGCCACCUGCUACUGCUACCGCUUCCACUGGCGCUGCACCUGUUAGUGGUGCGGGUGCAAUGGACCUAGGGGACGAGAAAGCAGAGAGGCGGGCGCAGUUGCAGCGUGAGGCGGAAGAUAUGCGGGAGGCAUUGAAAGCGAAGGAGAGGGAGUUGGCGGCGUUGGGAGGAGAAUAGAGAGGUGCGGGUGGGUUGGAGAUAUCUCGUGUUUUUGUUAGGUGUAUCUACUAUUUGGUGGAGGCCGAUGAAUCGUCGCUGGUGUUGUUGCGUGGAGAGAUUUCUGUGUUCUCUUUCUAUUCCUUUACCUCAUCUCUAUUCCUCUUAUGUUUUCCGUUUCCCCUCUCUAUUUUACGCCUUUUCUCCAUUUAGUAUGGUGUUAUUGUAUUUUGCUUCACGUUUUAUUUUCACCCUCAAGGGUGUUGGGCAGGUAUGGAAAGGAUGGGUUUAAUUGUCUAUAUUAAUGUUUAUACCGGCUACCUACAUGCGCAAGCUACAUGAAUUUUAAUUACGUGGAUUUUCUGAAGGCGGAGAGGAAAGGGAUAGGACUUUUUCAAUGGCUCAAACGCGAGUUCUUCCUUUUUUUAUUCUCUCUCUUUUGUCGUUUUUCUUGCUCGCUUUUCUUAACUUAUCGAAUUUUUUCUCCGUCUUUUUAUAAUUACCUCAAUUUUUUUAACGUCCUAUCAAUGUUUUAUUUCCUCCUUUUUCUGAAGCUUUUAAUCUCCUUCAUUUCUAUAGUAGCCAUCCCCAUUUUCAUUGCUUGAUUGAAACUACAGAAAGAAAAGGCUCAAGAUGGAAAAGAAAAAAAAAUGAGACCGAAACAAAAAAAAAGUUGCCAUGUCGUUAGCCUUCUUUCUUCCCCCGCUUCACUUAUACGCUUGAUUUACGAAAUGUCGUGAUGAAAUGGAGAGGUGGCUUUCGAUUUGAUAGGAACAAUUGCUCUGUCUAUCUAUCAUCUUUCCCCCCUCCCCUCCCCACUAGCCAACGCCAACGCUAUCUAUGUUAUCCAGUAGCAGUACAUGUAUUCACAAGCAUAUACACGUAUAUAUGAGUGAACUUUUCACUCCGACCUCAUCAGGGAAGCCCGGAAUGCAGGUACCUCAAAACAAGCUGCUCUCCCACUGUCUUCAAUUCUUCUCUACACAGCAGCACCAGAGAGAGAGAGAGAGAGAGUAUUGGGCAAUCUCGAGAACUUGGAUUCACGCUCCAUACGAUAGAGAGCUCAAGGGGUUGGUUACAGGUAGAAGAAGAAUCAUGGAUGCCAAAUCCUAAAUGGACUAUUUAGUUAACCCAGGGCUAGCAUGUUAGAACAUAAUAUCAGAAGUAUGGAGAACACUGGCUACAAUAAAAUAGCGCUGUAUCGGCGUGUAGUUGUCGCACUGAAGAAAUUCAAAGGGCUGAGGAUGUUCUUGGGAGGGGAGUC